UCUCCCGGCCGCCUCCUCCUCUUCUCUAGUCUUCUGUUUCUUCUUUCUCUUCCACCUCCUCCAUCCCCAUCCCACCCGCGUCUUCUGGAUGGCUCUGGCGGACAGCACACGUGGAUUACCCAAUGGGGGCGGUGGCGGCGGGGGCGGCAGCGGCUCCUCGUCGUCUUCGUCGGAGCCGCCUCUGUUUCCCGAGAUCGUGGAACUGAACGUGGGGGGCCAGGUAUAUGUGACCCGGCGCUGCACCGUGGUGUCAGUGCCGGACUCGCUGCUCUGGCGUAUGUUCUCGCAGCAGCAGCCGCAGGAGCUGGCCCGGGACAGCAAAGGUCGCUUCUUUCUGGACCGGGACGGCUUUCUCUUCCGCUACAUCUUGGAUUACUUGCGGGACUUGCAGCUUGUGCUUCCCGAUUACUUCCCCGAGCGCAGCCGGUUGCAGCGAGAGGCAGAGUACUUCCAGCUGCCCGAGCUCGUGCGCCGCCUCGGGGCUCCCCAGCAGCCCGGGACGGGCCCGCCGCCGCCCCACCCUCGGCGUGGGGUAUACAAAGAGGGUUCCGUGGGGGGCGGAGGCGACGAGGGGCUGCCCCUGGGCUAUCUGGACCCGGAGCAGCAAGAGGGCGCCUCGGCAGGGGCGCCCUCACCCACCCUGGACCUAGCUAGCCGCAGCCCGUCUGGGGGCACCGGGGGUCCGCUGCUCACCCCAUCCCAGUCCCUGGACGGCAGCCGGCGCUCGGGCUACAUCACCAUCGGCUACCGGGGCUCCUACACCAUCGGGCGGGACGCGCAGGCGGACGCCAAGUUCCGGCGGGUGGCGAGGAUCACAGUGUGUGGCAAGACAUCUCUGGCUAAGGAGGUAUUCGGGGAGACCCUGAACGAGAGCCGAGACCCUGACCGGCCCCCGGAGCGCUACACUUCUCGCUACUACCUCAAGUUCAACUUUCUGGAGCAGGCCUUCGAUAAGCUUUCUGAGUCCGGCUUCCACAUGGUGGCCUGCAGCUCCACGGGCACCUGCGCCUUUGCCAGCAGUACGGACCAGAGCGAGGACAAGAUCUGGACCAGCUACACCGAGUACGUCUUCUGCCGGGAGUGAACCAUUUGGACACUCUCCUUUCUUUAGCCAUCCCCUCCCCCCUUUCCAUGCAUCUAUGAGGGAUAUUAUUUUAUCCCACUAGGUUUUAUCUGCGCCCCCCACCUCCACAACCCUCCUCUAUUCCUCAGAGACACUUUCUGUUAUGACUUCUUGUCUCUAAUAGCCCAUCUUACCCUCCAAUUUAGUCUCAGCCCUUGAACUUGAAGUUCGAUCCCUUUCUUUGCUGAUCUUUUAACCCCGGUUCACGGUUCCUAUCGAGAAGGGUUGAAAGGCACAUUUUUCUCCUUCCGCUUGGCUAUCAGACUCCUCUGUCUCAGUCCCACUCCGACCCCCAUUCCCUUCCCCAUCUUCUUUCCAGCCUGUCUUAAACCUGGAUCAAGGGAGACAAGGUUGUCACAAAACAAAACGGAAACACAACAACAAUACCGCACCAAAUACUUUGGACUUGACGACAAUGCCCGGAACUGUUCAAACUCGGAUGGGGAAGGUAUCUAGGGUGUUGGAGAAAGUAACAUUCCUUGAAAUCUUCUCAAGUGCUUGUGACUCAUAAGGUGGUCGAAAGGGUUGAAAAUUGAUAAUAUUAAAGCCUGAGAAAAGUUCAUGAUUUUAAAAGGUUAUAGUACAGCCUUUUUUGACUUUGUUUUAAUGAUAGAUUUUAACUGGAUGCAAAGGAUAUUAGAGACUGGGAGCAAGAGAGACUGUUCUGGAAUUUGGGACACUUUGGAUACAAUUGAAUUACUUUAAAUGAAUAAAGUCUUUAAAAAUGUUAAAGGUUAAAGUAAGAAAAGAACAACUGGCUACAUUUUUAGUUCUUUCGAUUUUCGUGUAGAGUAGACUUUGCAAGCUAUUUACACUUGCAGAAAGGGAGCUAGUUGACUGCUGUGCUUCCUGAGGCUGACUUCCCUGGCCCAUCACCAAGAGCAGUUUGCUCUACUUUAGUUGACAUGGCAGCCAUUAUUGGCAACAGGGAGGAAUAUUGCUGUCAUAGAAGACAAUAAGUAAGCCCGUCUGCAGCAUUGCAUGAAAUAAUUUGACAGUGAGUUUAAAAAAACGGUAGAACAGCCAGUAUUUUCAGUGGAAGAGCCAUGGAUAUGAAAAAAGCACCAGGUGUGGAUGGAGGGGUUUCUUUUUCUUCCAGCGAAGGAGAUUUGGUCCUUGCUUGGCUCUGACUAGCAAGUACAUUGGAAUUAGGGAGAAGAGGCACUUGGUUUGAAAUCUGAACAUUUUCACCAUCUGUUUAAGUACAUGCAUGAUUUUGAUGCCAAACAGUGAAAGAAAGCACAUGCUCAGCAAUUUAUAGAGAUGUUAAAUAACACACAGUAAAACAACAGUUACUGAAAAAGCAGCUUAUUAAGUUCACCAUUCUGAUUUCUAACUUUGAAUUUACUAGUACUUAUAUGAUCUAACCAAAGAACUUCCAGUAGAGUUUUAGUCUUUAAACUUUAUUUCCUCAUUCUGGAGAGGAAUUCUAAAUGACAAUUUUUAAAAUCCUCUUUUACUUGAGUAAAAUAUGUUUAAUUUUUGGUUACACAUAGAUUUAAGACCACUUGUUGUUAUUUUUUAAAAGCCAAAUGCUUGUUUGCUGAGUAAACCUGAAAACAGUAUUUUUGCAUUCUCUCAUGGAAUUUGUUAGAAGAAAGGUGGAAUAUAUCCAAGGUGAUUCAUUUGCAGAAAAAUCUAAGCGCCAAAUGCUGUCCAGUUGUAGAGAGUUGUAAAAUGGAGUAUUUUUAAAAGAAGGCAAAUAAAUGCUUAAAAGUUAAUGGAGCAAUAAAUGGUAACUUGAGGCUAGUGCAACAGAAUACAGAAUGAGACCUGGUUGCCUUAUGCCUUUACUCUAAAAUGAAAUAAAUCCCCUUUUGCAUAUCCUAUCUAUAUCAUAAGUGAAAGGAAACUGAUCCUAGCUCCUGAGUGUGUAAGAUGUCAUUCUCUGGAGAUUUCCUGGCCUACAAGUCUUUCUGUCUUUUUGUUUGUUUCACUACUUUUCUCAGAAGUAUCUUUUGAAAAGAUUUUGUAAGAAUCAAUUUUCAGGAAAAGUAUAUAAGUACUUUUUCUUUAUUUCUUUUUUAAAAAAAUGAACCUUGUACUGUAUCUUAUGCCCAUUAACAGAAUUAAGGAUGGAAAUUUAAAUCUUAAAUGACUUAUGACCCAAUGUAUAUAUAGAGUAUGCAAACAUUCAUCUUUUAGUUUUAAAAUUCAUUUACUAAUGUUAUGAAAUGUCAUAAAUUAGCCCAUUCCCUUGUUUCAUGUGCUGUACAUACUAAGGCAAUAUGUUCUGAUCAGUUUCCUUAUUCCCAUUUCUAUGAAAAAAUUGAGUAUAAAAGAAGUACAAUUGCAUAGCUGAGUUGGCCCACUAUGAUUUGCUUGAAUCUCAGUUAUCCCCAAAUUUCUGUUGAUUUGAUGCCAUCUUCCAAUUAAGGUACCUGUAUUUUUAAUCUGCUACCUUUUUCUUCUUUUUGAUAUGGGGACGGUGAGGGUUAGAGUUUUUUAUUACAGUGCCUGUCUAGCAACAGGUUUUUUUUCUUCCAAAGUUAGAAUGUGUUUUACGAUAGAAUUAUUGAAUGACAUAAGAUGAUAGGAAUGAGUGAUAGUAUAAGGAGAAUCAUUUUUCUUAGUAUUUUAAAUACCAUCUUAGACUUGGUAAUUAUUAAAAUGUUAAUCUCACUGCAGUCUGAAGUGAGUUAGUGUUGUUUGUUCAGUAUCUAGUGGCCAAAGGUGAACAGCACAAAAAAAAUUAGGCCAAAUGACAUUCAGUUAUUAGUUCAUUAGACAAGCAUACCCAGAACUUAAGUCCUAGAGAUUUAUAUCUGAAAGGGAAUACAGAGGUCACUGGGUCCAAUUCCUUCACUUUAUAGAUGAGGAAACAGGCCUAGAAAAGUGAAGUGAUUCCUGGAGGUCCUUUGACUCCAAAGUUAGUGUGUUUUCCAUUAUACUUGCUCUUCCUCUUAAGAAGGACCUCAAAAAACAUAUUUAACAGUUAAAAGAAUUAGUGAUUCUUAAUAAUUGAAAGAUUUAGUGAUUCUUAUUUAUGUUCACAUACCCAUAAAACUCCAUCCAAACCAUCCAGGAAGCACUUUCCAUAAGUACUAGGUUCUCAUCUCUCAAACUCAUAUGGCUCUCUUUACAAACCUUGUGAAUUUUUAAUCUAUUAAGUCCUUGGGUUGAAUCUGAUGUUUUGUAUAUCCUUUAGUUGGAGGACUAGAGAUUCAAUAGUUAAGGAAGGUUGACUGUGCUUUCCUUAAAGAGAUGAAUCCUUUGCCCUCAAAUUGAAAGUGAGAUGCCCUAAACUGGAACAGAGUCUUUAAUGAAAGACUGGUAAUUUUCUGGUGAAUUUAGACUGUAUUGAUAGUCUAAAUAAUUUUGGUAAAGAAGUCUACUUUGAAAUUGGAACCUUUAGCUGGAUUUCUACAGAUCAAAACAAAUUGAAGGUUGGCAAUUACCUGUUAAAUACUGGCAGUAUAGAUAAUUAAUUUGGGUAAUUCAGGCCUUCCAAAAACACUUAUGACUGAACAACUUAGGGAAAAUUGGGGAAGGGAAGAGAGGGAGGAACACUAAUUAUCCAGGUAAUUUUGACUAUUAUAAAACUGGUUCAGAUUACAUGGAAACUAUCCAUGUUGAUCCAUAUGUUCUUUGAUAUUUAGAAGCUCAACAGGAAAUUGUCAUUUCCUUAAUAAUUAAUUUCAUUUUAAAAUAAAAAAGGUAAUUGUGGGGUAUCUUGAGUCCACUAGUGGUUAAAAAAACAGGUACCAUUAUUAUUAAUACUGUUCUAUCUCUUUUGAAACCAUAUGUUUGACAGGAUAUAUAUUUUUAUACAUGUAGAUUAUGAGCCAUAUUCAUCCUAGUUUUUAGACUGAAUGGUGUAGAAAACAGAAAUCCCUUGAGGAUGUUAGAGACCAAAUUAAAUUUUUUUUCAAUAUGUUUGUGUUUUAUAUUGGGUUGUAUUUUGAUUAAAGUGUUAAAAAUCUAGAAUACAUUGUAUUUGACAUUAUUGUGCUUAUAUCCCUAGCAAGAAAAAGCUUCCUAAUCCCACAUUCUUACACAACAUACUAUGUACCUGGCAACUUCUCUGAAGAAGUUCACUGUCAGUUGAGGAAUACUCACACUUGGUUUAUUUUCAAGCGAACUCACAAUGCAAACUACUUAUGAUCAUUCAGUUUUCUUUAAUGCAGGGAAUUUUCAUGGAGCUUAGAUAAAGUACUUUAUUUGUGUAGUGCCAUAGACACAUACCACCCAAAUCACACUAAGUUCCCCUUUGAGAAUAGAUGUUUUUCUAAUCUUACAGAAAAAUCAGUACAUUAUUAAUGAAACUAAUGAUGAUUUUAGUAGAAUAUUGUUACAUUGAAAAGUCUUGAGAGAGAACCAGAAACUAAUGAAGAGUUUCUUUCACAGGCAAAAUAACAAGUUUUAUUCAAUUGAUUGAAGGUUUGCUUUAAUAAUAGGCUACAAGAGAGUAUGAAUGUGUGUUGUGAACCUAUUGGAGAAGAUUCUUUGUACUGAAUUGUGAAUAACUAGUCAUUAGUGAUUAUUAAAAUGGCUAUUUUUCUUCA